AUGGUGGUUGGGAACAUCUACGUGAUUGCGGCCAUCGCCGUCGUCGGCGGUGGCCUGUUCGGUUUCGAUAUCGCCUCGAUGUCGGCCAUUAUCAGCACUGAAUCCUAUCUCUGCUAUUUCAACCAGGGUUCGGUGACCUACGAAAAUGGCGUCAGAAACUGUGCUGGUCCUACCUCGAACGUUCAGGGUGGUAUCACGGCUUCGAUGGCCGGUGGCUCUUGGCUUGGUGCUUUGGUGUCCGGUUUCCUCUCUGACUUGACCGGCCGAAAGACCUCUAUCCAGAUCGGUUCGGUGAUUUGGUGUAUUGGCUCGAUUAUAACCUGCGCUUCCCAGAACAUCCCGAUGCUGAUUGUCGGCCGUAUCAUCAACGGUUUCAGCGUUGGUAUCUGCUCUGCACAGGUUCCUGUCUACAUUUCUGAAUUGGCUCCGCCCACCAAACGUGGUCGUCUCGUCAGUCUUCAACAGUGGGCUAUUACCUGGGGUAUCAUGAUCAUGUUCUACGUGUCUUAUGGCUGCAGCUUCAUCAAGGGCACCGCUUCCUUCCGGGUCCCGUGGGGUCUCCAGAUGAUCCCUGCCGUCUUGCUCUUCUUCGGGUUGAUGAUUCUCCCCGAGUCUCCUCGUUGGCUCGCCCGCAAGGACCGCUGGGAAGACUGCCAUGCAGUGUUGACCCUGGUCCACGGAAAGGGUGAUCCCAACUCGCCAUUCGUCAAGCGCGAGUUUGAAGAGAUCAAGGAGAUGUGCGAGUUUGAGCGCCGCAAUGCCGAUGUCAGCUACCUGGAGCUCUUCAAGCCGAACAUGAUCAACCGCACCCACGUCGGAGUCUUCACCCAGAUCUGGUCCCAGCUGACUGGUAUGAACGUGAUGAUGUACUACAUUACGUACGUCUUUGCCAUGGCUGGGUUGAAGGGUAACAACCUGCUGGUCUCUUCGAGUAUCCAGUACGUCAUCAACGUGUUCAUGACGGUCCCGGCCAUCCUCUUUGUUGACCGCUGGGGUCGGCGCCCGACUUUGCUGUUUGGUGCCCUCUUCAUGCUUAUCUUCAUGUUUGCCAACGGUGGACUGCUUGCGAGUCGCGGUCGCCCGGCUCCUCCUGGUGGUCUCAACAACAUUGAGACAGAGUCCUGGAUCAUUGAGGGUCCUCCCAGCAAAGGUGUCAUUGCAUGCACCUACCUCUUUGUGGCUUCGUUCGCCGUCUCGUGGGGCCCUGUCUCCUGGACCUACCCUCCAGAGCUGUUCCCACUGCGUGUGCGUGGUAAGGCCAACGCGUUGACCACCUCGUUCAACUGGGCCUUCAACUUCGCGCUGGGAUACUUUGUGCCCCCGGCGUUUGUGAACAUCAAGUGGAAGGUGUACAUCCUGUUCGGAGUAUUCUGUACGGCGAUGUUCAUCCAUGUCUUCUUCCUGUUCCCCGAGACGGCAGGCAAGACGCUGGAGGAGGUCGAGGCCAUCUUCACGGACCCCAACGGCAUCCCGUACAUUGGCACUCCGGCGUGGAAGACCAAGAGCGCCUUCGGCCAUGCAGUGGCCAUUGAGACGAAGGGCUAUGACGAGGAGAAGCUUGCGCCGGCGGCACACCAGGAGGAGGCCAAGACUGUGUCGGCGUAG